UGUCUAACCUAUGGGAAUUCGAAACCUCUGCAACAGUCGCAGGUUUUCCACAAUUCCUCAUUUCUUCACAAAAACCCCAUUUUUAACCAAACCCUUUUCCUCCAUCCAUUUCCACUCACCAAAUUCCCUUCUUUUCUCAAUUGGGUCUUCCCCAUUUUGCUUUUUCAAAAACCCUUUUGAUGGUUCCAACAUAUACUUCAACUUUGGUUUUCAAUUUCAUACUUCAAGGUAUUUUUGUUCUUACCCUUAUUCUUCUUAUAAGAAUAAACCAUAUGCUACUUCAAAACAAGUUUCUGAAAUCAUUGCAUUGAUUAUUGAAGGUGUGAAUGAUUUGGAAUAUAGGUUAAAUAUGUUGAAUGUGUCUUUAUCUAUGGCAUCAGUUAUUUAUAUUUUUGAUAAAUUAGCAAGUGAAAGAGUUUCAGCAUUGAUGUUUUUUCAUUGGCUUAAUGUUUCACAUCCUGAGCUUUGUUGUGAUCCUGACAUAGGUGGUUGUGUUGUUGAUAAUUGUGGGUUGUUGGGAAAUUUUGAGGCAAUGGUUCCUAUUUUGAAUGAGUUUAACCUAAAAAGGAUGUGUUUGGGGAGAAGGGCAUUUAGGUUUAUGGUUAUUUUAAGGUUUGAUGAAGAUUCUAGAAUGGAAUGUGUGAGAAGAAUUGUGAAUGUUCUUAAUGAGGUUGGUGGUGUGUGUCAAAGUUCUGGUUUUAAGGUUUUGAUAGAGAUUUUGAGUUUUUCGGGUAAUUUUGAUACAGUGGAGUUUGUGAUAGGAGAAGCUGGGAGGCACGUGAAUCGUUAUAACUAUUUAUUGAGGAUGAUGUGCAAGAGAGGUGAUUACGAGAAAGUAGGCGAUUUAGUAGAGAAGAUGAAGAGAUGUGGUGUUGAACCGAAUGGAAGUACUUACAAUAUGUUGGUUAGUUGUUUAUUCAAGAUUGGUAAUUUUGCCGACGCUUGUCAAGUUCUUGAAACUAUGGAAAAAGAAAAUGGUUUAUCGGACGAGUUUACGUUUGAUACUAUUGUAAGAUUAUUAUGUAAACAUGGACAGAUUGAUUUAGCUUUGACGUUUAUCGAUAAAAUGACUUUGAAGGGUAUUGAACCUUGUAGUUUAACUCAUGCUGCGGUGAUAAAGUGUUAUUUUGAACAUGGUAAAUACGAUGAAGCGCACAAGUAUGUGGUUGAUUCUGCUUGUAAGGGUAGCUAUUCCAGUAAUGAAAACUACACUUUACUGGCUUCUCUUCAUUUAAAGAAAGGAAGUGUUCUACAUUCCCAAAAGAUUCUUCAUGAGAUGAUGGAUAGAGGUCUUAAACCUAAUUAUUCGGUGUAUAUGAAGAUAAGAAAGUGUCUUGAAAAGAAAAAUAAAGCAGAUAUGUCUUGGGAAUUAUCAAGAAGAUACUUGUCCUUGAUUGAAACGUGAACAAAGAUGCUGGAUUUUGUGUGACAGGUUUGUGUAAUGUCAUCCGGGGUCUGAUCAAAAGCUACUCUGUGUUUCCGAGUAUUCAGAAGCUCACCUAAUGUAGCUUGGACAUGUGAGGAAACAUAGCGGCUCCUCAAUCGGAAAAAUUAGAUCAAAUCAAAUGAAAGAUAGUUUGGCUAAAACGGUAAAGAAAGAGUGAAGAAAAAUUUAGAAGAAAUCUAUUCAAGAGCUAGCUCUGAAUGAUUUAACUGAAAAUGAAGCCCGGUGUAAUUUAUAGGGCAAGGGUUUAGUCGUUGUUGACACGAAUUAAAAAUAAUGUACUAUACGAGGGCUAUGCAUGCCUACCCCUCCUCAAUUUUGCCGAAACAAGUAUUUUUUCAUGUAAUAUUUUUCCCCUGAAAAUAAUAAAAAUGGUUAAGCUUGGACUGCUUAACAUGAUCUUCUUAGAUCACUAUGCUUUCUGUCUUACAAACAUUGUUAGACUUGUUUUGUCUGUACUUCAUAUUAUUGUGUGAUGCUGGAACAGAUAACAAUUUUAUACUUUCUUGCUGCGGCAAGUGUGUUUUAUGGCACAACAAAAGUGUUGUGUUAUACCAUCAAACCAUUUAACGCUAA